AUGCCCGCCGUUUCCACUGUCAACGAAGAGAACUUAGAGGAUUUCAAGAUCCUCGACAAUAUUGUCAUUAUCGGUUACGUAGCCUCCGAUGACAAGACCACCAACACUAGCUUCACUUCAUUUGCCGAGUCCCAGCGUGACAACUACCUUUUCGCUGCCUCUAACGACGCCGCUCUUGCCAAGGCUGAGGGUGUGAAGCAGCCCUCAAUUGUUCUCUACAAGGACUUUGAUGAGAAGAAGGCCGUUUAUGACGGCAAGUUGGAUGAGGAGUCUAUCCUCAAGUGGGUCCAGACUGCCAGCACUCCUCUUGUAGGCGAGCUUGGCCCUGAGACCUACUCUAAAUAUAUGGCCGCUGGCAUUCCCUUGGCCUACAUCUUCGCCGAGACCGCCGAGGAGCGCGAGAAGCUGGCUGAGGAUUUCCGUCCCAUCGCUGAGAAGCACCGUGGUGAAAUCAACGUGGUCACACUCGACGCAAAGCUGUUCGGUGCCCACGCUGGCAACCUCAACCUCGAGCCCGAGAAAUUCCCCGCUUUUGCUAUCCAGGAGACCACCAAGAAUGCCAAAUAUCCCUUUGACCAGUCAAAGAAGCUCGACGCCAAGGACGUCGGCAAGUUCAUUAAGGAUGUCCUGGACGGGAAGGUGGAGCCCAGCAUCAAGUCUGAGCCCAUCCCUGAGACCCAAGAGGGUGUCGUUGUCGUUGUGGGUCGUAGCUACCAGGAGAUCGUCAUUGACAAUGACCAGGACGUCCUGAUUGAAUUCUAUGCCCCGUGGUGUGGCCACUGCAAGUCCCUUGCUCCUAAGUACGAUGAACUGGCUGCCUUGUAUUCCGAAGUCAAGGACCAGGUUGUUGUAGCUAAAAUCGAUGCUACUGCUAAUGAUGUGCCCGAUUCCAUUACCGGAUUCCCCACCAUCAAGCUCUACGCCGCUGGCAAAAAGGAUCAACCUAUCGAGUACGAUGGCUCUCGUACUGUUGAGGAUCUUGUUGCUUUCAUCAAGGAUAACGGCAAGUACGGUGUGGAUGGGUUUGCUCAGGCUGCUGAGAAGCCUGAGGUGGUGGAGGAGGAUGUGACCGCGGAAGCUCCUGUCCCCGAGACUGAAGAGAAGGAUGAGUUGUAA